CCCCCAGCACCGCCCGGGGCAGGCAGGGCGCUCUCUCGGGCGGCUCCCCCUCGCCCGGAUUUCGGCCAACUCUCCUCCCCGCCACAACUUUAGCAUGAUGUCUUAUCUUAAGCAACCACCUUAUGCAGUCAAUGGCCUGAGUCUCACAACCUCGGGGAUGGAUUUGUUGCAUCCUUCCGUCGGUUAUCCUGCUACCCCCCGAAAGCAGAGACGGGAGCGCACGACCUUCACCCGGGCACAGCUGGAUGUGCUGGAGGCACUUUUCGCCAAGACCCGCUACCCAGACAUCUUCAUGCGGGAGGAGGUGGCUCUGAAAAUCAACCUGCCCGAAUCCAGAGUGCAGGUAUGGUUUAAAAACCGCCGAGCCAAGUGCCGGCAGCAGCAGCAGCAGCAGCAGAAUGGGGGCCAGAACAAGGUACGGCCAGCUAAAAAGAAAAAUUCACCAGCCCGGGAAGUGAGUUCGGAAAGUGGGACCAGUGGGCAGUUCACUCCCCCCUCCAGCACCUCGGUCCCCACCAUUUCCAGCAGCAGUGCUCCUGUAUCCAUCUGGAGCCCAGCAUCCAUCUCCCCACUCUCAGACCCCCUGUCCACCUCUUCCUCCUGCAUGCAGAGAUCUUAUCCUAUGACCUACACUCAGGCAUCAGGCUACAGUCAAGGAUACGCUGGCUCAACAUCCUAUUUUGGAGGGAUGGACUGUGGAUCUUACUUGACCCCUAUGCACCACCAGCUUCCCGGACCAGGAGCCACCCUGAGUCCCAUGGGUGCCAAUGCGGUCACCAGCCACCUCAACCAGUCUCCAGCGUCCCUCUCCACCCAGGGCUAUGGAGCCUCCAGUUUGGGCUUUAACUCCACCACUGAUUGCUUGGAUUAUAAAGACCAAACCGCCUCCUGGAAGUUAAACUUCAAUGCUGACUGCUUGGAUUAUAAGGACCAGACAUCGUCAUGGAAGUUCCAGGUUUUGUGAAGAACCUUUGUGAUAACAAGAGAAAUCGUGACGAGAACGAACAGGCUGGGUUGAACACUCCAGUUUUAGUCAGGUUUUGGUUAAAUUAAAGAGAAAAAUAACUCCACGGACAAACAAACGAACAAACAAACUGACAGCAACAAGAGGGGGACUGUGUUGGUGUUAUCCUGUUCAGACUUAUCUCCUGCUCAGACGCUCUGGAAAAGGAAUAAUAAAGAGGAAAAAAGAGGAAGAAGGCCUUAAAUGGACAGAUCAUCUAGUGAGCAGAAAACGGACAGACCCAUCUGUGUUCUUUCUAGUUUUAGGCAAUUGUUGGGUUUCUUUGUUUGGAAGAGGUGGGAGACCACCUCACCUACAGGCCAGUUUAAAAAAAAAAAAGAAAAAAAGAAAAAAAAGUCUAGGUUUUUAUUUCUUUUUUUUUGUGUGUGUGUGUGUGGAAAGAUCCUUCACCCAGAGGUUUUCAAUGUGUUAGCCAACCCUUGGUUAAAGUAUUUGCAAUGGACAACAUCUCUCUUUUUCUCCCUCCCUCUUUCUUUCGUUCUUGAGCUCAUCCAACUGCUUCACACCCAACUUGCUCAAGUUGGCACCCAGAGAACUUGGUUCAGGGCUGUGUGGGUUGUGUGACUGAUUGUCCUAGCUGCACUACUUUAUUUAAAGAUUAAAAAAAAAAGAAGAUAAUGUUCAUAAGGAGUCAAUAUGUAGUUUUUAAGAGACAAUCAGUGUGUGUCUUAUAUAAAUGGUACAUCUGUGGUUUUUAAUCUGUGCUAGACUUCAAAACUGUGAUCUCCUGUAUUGUAUGCAACUAUGAACUCCGCACCAGCGGGAGUUCUGCUGUGAUUUAAAUAGGUUAUAAUUAUAAGUGAAAUUCAGAGCAACUGAAUUACCUAUUAUCAUCUUUAAAAAAUAAUUGAAAAAUAUAUAUUAAAAAAAAAAGAAAAAACCCUCAAAAACACGAUCGCCUUUCACCCAAGGUGAACUGCACUGAAACUUUUUACAACAAACUGUCUCUAAAUGAAAGAGGAAAGACCGAAAAAACCCAACCCGAGGACAUUAAACUCCUCUGGAGCUCACUUACUGCUGGCCAUGCUAGUAGUAACCAUCAAAUCCAACAGGACUUUGGGCAGUUGCUCUGACCUGGAUGAAUUUAAACCAAGAAAUUAAUUGUCAUUUAUGCUUGCAGAUGUUGACUGAAAAAAAAAAAAGAUAUAUAUGCAUAAACCUUUUUUUUUUCCUGGAUUUGGCAGAUAUGUAUAAUUAUAUUAAAAUGGUUCUAGCACA